AUGGGGGUCCCUCUGCAGGGCACUGCAUACGCAUGCACUAUGUGUCAGACUGCUGGCCUGUAUCCGAAACCGAGAGACGAGAGCCAACGAUCUAUGCAGCCCCGGGUCCUCGAAGGGUCGGCAGCCACGCUCCAGCCUCGAUCGAGCCUCUCGGAACAGUUCCCGAGGGGGGACAGUGGCCCAACGGCCAUUGACCGAUGGUGCGGAGGUCGUAUUCACAUGGGCAUCACGACAAUUAAACCCCUAGGGGAACUCCUAUGUGGAGGGUCGCGAUGUUCCAAAUUUCCACAGCCGCACUGCUCCCAAGGCCUCUCCGCGGUCUUCGCGGCCCGGACGAGCCUGGGUCGGACCCGGACGCCGAAGCUCGAGUCCGGCGGCGGUCGCGGCAGUCUCACAUCACAUCCCCAGAACGCCAAAGAACACCGCGCGAUGUUCCUUGGGCUCUUGUUCUGCUUCCGACCUUGGCCAUCUCGAGCUUCAAAACAACAGAACCAAAACGACCCGACCGGGACCGCACAACCCAGUCAGCAAAACCGCAUUCACUUUACAUUUGCGUCAACGAGCACCGCCGACACGACUGGCGAAGACGCUGAAGAAGACAAGAAGCGCUGCAAAAACCUCUUCUACGAGUACGCAUGCGGCCACUUCGCGUUCGUGAUCCCCUCGCACUACGGGAAGUGCCGCGGACGGCAAUGCCAACCUUCCCGCUUCAAGAAGCGCAUGCUCCCGCUGCGCUGCGCAGACUGCGGUGGGACUGGUGGGUGGCGGGGUUGA